CUCUGUUCCCCUUACAUUAGGACGGGUCUACUCACCAGCGAGUGAGGUCUUUCAUAGGAGGAGAGAGGGGUGGAGACGUAUUAGCUGAAGGGCCGCCCCCAGUUCUCUUCCCUCCGCACAUUUGCUCCGAAUAUUAUGACGUCACGGCGUUCUUUAAAAAGAACAGAGAAAACAAUCAGCAUUGAGAAAAAUAGAUGCCCUGCGAUCUUGUUAAAAGCGGGAGCUGUAACCCGCAGUUAGAUCGAGCUAUAUAAACAAACGCGAAGAAUUACAGACAGAAGCCUCCUCAGCAAACAUGGUGUCCCCGGUGACCGUGGUGAAGAGUGAAGGUCCUAAACUUGUGCCCUUUUUCAAAGCCACCUGUGUCUAUUUUGUCCUCUGGUUGCCAACCUCCAGCCCUUCCUGGUUCAGUGCUCUGAUCAAGUGUUUGCCAAUCUUCUGCUUAUGGGUCUUCCUGCUGGCACAUGGGAUCAAUUUCCUGACAGCCCAUCACAACGCCUGUAGGAUCUUUGCUGGCUUGAUAUUCUCCGCCAUGGGAGACGCUUUCCUCAUCUGGCAAGAGCAAGGCUACUUUGUUCACGGCUUGUUGAUGUUCGGCAUUACACACAUACUAUAUUCCUCAGCAUUUGGAAUUAAACCUUGGGACCUGAAAGUUGGCCUUGGGAUUGGCUUGGUGUCCAGCUUCUGCUACACCUUCCUGUAUUCCUACCUCUCAGGCCCAUUUACCUACUUGGUAGCUGUCUACAUUGCCUUGAUUGGCUUCAUGGGCUGGCGGGCUAUGGCUGGUGUGCAGCUCUGCAACGACCUUUGGACUUGGACCAAGCUUUCUGCUUGCAUCGGUUCUGUGCUUUUCAUGGUGUCUGACCUGACUAUUGCUGUCAACAAGUUCUGCUUUCCUGUCCCCUACUCACGGGUCAUCAUCAUGGCCACUUACUAUGCGGCUCAGAUGCUCAUUGCUCUUUCUGCAGUGGAGAGCAAGGAUGAAGAAGUUUUCAGAAAGAGGAAAUAGAGGGUGAUGCCCACAGAUUCACAGACUCUGUUGGAGAUGCUGUAGCUGCAUUCAUCCUGGAGGAUGUUUCCGAAUCAGUGACUGCAAGUCUUGCUUCUUUGAAGCAUUUUCUUUAUAGUAUUUAGAAGGUUUUCUCUAGUCCUGUUGGUUGGAGUAUGGAACUCACAAUGGAAGUUUAGAUUGUUUCUAGAAUAUUUACUUCCCGACCCUUGGAAACCUCUCUAACACAUUAUUUGUAUUAUACAGAAACUGGUGCUGAAAUUCCAGUGGGACAAAGCUCAUUUCAGGACAAUAUUAAUAUUAAAUAGGGUAGGCAGUACACUGGAAUUUAAGAGCUUUGCCUUCAACACGGAAUGUGCAAAAUCACAUGAAAAAGAGUUUCAAUGCUGCCUAAACCUUUGUAUUGCAUACAUUGCAGUAGAACUGUGAAUCGUUGUGCGUCUACACAAGAAAUUUUUGGGACCUGAAAAGUACCAUAGGAUGUAAGAGCACUCAUGGGAAUCACUAUGGGUAAUGUAGUUUAUGCUGUCCUUGGAAGAAGUCAGUUUAAAUACCAGAUUCAUAAAAUCAUUUAUUUAUAGGCCAUGCAUAGCCUUUUUUUUUUUUUCCUUUUGGUGAAUGUGAAUCCUGCAGAGCAUCUGUUUUUCUGCAGACUUUAAAAGCAACAACAAAAUGCAAUGAUCUUCUCAGGCUAGUUGAGGUUGGAUGCAGGGAAAAAUUUGGGGAAAAAAAGGGUUUUAACAAUAAAACAAGUCAUGCUGUGCAGUGAAUCAGCUCUUCCAAGGGAACAUUUCCAACAUUAUUCGUGCUGAAACACUGAGAAGGACACCUGGGUGUUUUAAGUCACCAGCUGCUUUGUGGACAUAAUUGAUUGGCCAAGGAAAUCACCUUCUCGUACAAGAUUCUCAGCCUCUUUUCCUCUCCACAACCAGUGCCAGUGUGUCUUGAAAGAGAAUGCACACACAAGGAUCUGGUCAUGAUGAAGAAUGACUGUGUAAUGAAUUCCUGAGGUACUUUUGCAAUUCACCCUUCAACUAUGAACUUGGUGGAUUUUCAAGGAGUGUUAUUUAUUUAAAGUGAGGCCUGUGGCUUCCAGGCAUCUGCUUGUGCAUCUGCUCUCACCUUUCUGUACACACAUCAAUAUUUCCCCACCAUGUCCAGCCAGAGCUGUAGACUUUGCAGGUGCCUUCAUGCUACAGCUGCAGCACAGAUCCUGCGGACGGGCACAGCCAAUCACCAAAGUGCUGAGAGACUAUUGCUUCAUCAUGUUCCAAAGCCGCUCAUUUGUUUGUUUUCCUCUGGCAACACUGAACUACCGCUGGUCAGCCUGGGAGGGAAGUCCAGUUGCAGGCCAGCACUUUCCCUGGUUUUGUGGCAUUCAGCUUACAAAAUGGGUUAUAUUGACUCGCACUGCAACAGUCAGUGUGAAAUCCCUUGGGUCCACACCCUCCUGGUCGCUCAGGACCCUUUUUGGGGAGAUCAUCUCCCUUAGGUAUUUUUCUUACUACAUUUUUUUCUUCACAAUCUGUUAUGUAAGAUCACGUCAGUGUUUAUUUCUGAACAUUUAGAAUUGCUUGAUGCCUUUCAGAUUUGCUAGGACUUCUGCAACAACUCAGAAUUCUUUGUCAGCAUAACAGCUGUAGGACCAUAGGAGUUGUAAUUCCAAUACUCCCUGGAAGACACCAGGUUGGGGAAGACUGGUGUAGAAUGUAGAACAUCCCAUUAGAUUCCCUCUGUCACAUUCUUUCUUGAGAAUUCUCUUUCUGCUUGCAAAAGUAAUUGUGUAGAAAUAUAGUCAUGGGAGUGGAUAGUUGUAUAUACAAAUAUACAAAUACAAAAUUGUAUAAAAUACAAAAAAUGUAUAGUGAAUAUCAGGGGGAAUUCCAAGCAAUUGACCUCUCCAAAGGCUACAAGUGGUCCUCAUCUAACAACCAUUUGUUCAGCGACCAUUCAGAGUUACAAUGGCAUUGAAUGAGUGGGACUUACAACUGAUCCUCGUAGUUGCGACUAUCACAACAUCCCCACAGCCAUGUGAUCGUGAUCUGGGUGCUUGGCAACCUGCUCACAAUUAUGACAUUGCAGCAUCCCGUGGUCACUUG